ACACACACUCACACACAUACACACACGAACACACACACAAUGACUCACAACUUGCGCAAAACAAAAGCGCUGUGGAAACUUUGCUUUGUCAUUCCUGCAUGCUUUUCUAGUGCUAGCAAUGUUCUCAACUUGUUUACAUUGCAAGGGAUACACUGCUGCCAAUCACUGUGCGAUCUGACACGCCCACUCUAUUCUGAUCAGGCAGGAAGAUUUUUUCUUUUAGCUUUUAGUUAUAGUUAAAUAGUUGUAAAAUAUAUAAUAUACUGUAUACUUGUGAAUAUACCAUUGUUAAAUGGAUCUUUAUUACCACAAUUUUUUCUUUUUCUUUUUUUUUUUAUUUGAAACUGUGUUGCCAGGGGCUUCAAAUUAACAACAUUGUAAGUCCCACUUUGGUGUACCUUUAACCCUUAGGAAAAAAAGGGUUCCUCAAAGGUAGUUCGGGUUCUUUGCUCCCUAAAAGGGUUCUUCUUAAGAGUUUAUUGCAGGGUUCUACAUAAAACAUUUAAGGGCUACCUACCAACCAGGUAGGGUGAAGACUAGCACAUACUUACUCUGAGAAACAUUAAUCUAGCCAAACACAUCUUUUCAAACUGCUGUUGCUGAUGUGUCACAGGGCAGCUUAACACACUUAGAAGGAAGCACUAUCUGCCCUCUUCUGCAUACAUCAGCUAAUAGACACCCACAACUGGCUCUUGUCUCUGUGAUGGACAUGGGAGAGAAAGUAUGCCAUCCCUCCCAUCCAGAGAGCAUGGUCAAUUUUGCCCAGUGAAGACCAUUCAAAAGUGCUUUCUUAUGUGUUCUUUAUUUAAUUAAUGGUUCUAAGCUCUCUGAAAGAAUGCUAGAUGGCUAGAUUAACAUUAAUUCCAAUAGUCAUAGGAUUUAAAGCUAAAACAUGUUUGAAGCUAAAACAUGUUUGAAUUUUCAGGUUUGAGUCUUGAUUACCACCAUUUUGCGAUUGCUAUCAUGCCUCAAGCUGGUGUCAUUUCAACAUUGAGCAAAUCUGAUUGGUGGCAUUUACCAUGAAAACACCUUUAACUGAUUUCUGUCAGAAAAUCUGAAUUGAGUAAAUACUUCUGUGGUGGAAGAGGACACAUGUGACUGUUUAUCUAAGUUUAUAGAGUACAAGGAAGUUCUAUUACACAGAAAACUCAACUUGUAACGACAAUGGAAGAUUGGCAUUGCCCAUCAUACGUACGAAGAGGCUUUCAGAGGAUGUCAUGCAUUAGAGGUCAAACCAGUUUGUCUUCUUGCAAUCAACACAAUGUUAGUUUAAUGUGUGUAGCUACUGAAGACAUCCAUCGUGCCCUAUUUAUGUGUGUUUGUAUACUGAGCUUCUUAAAAUAGAUCUGUGGAAAUGAAGCAGACGUGCAGCACCGUGAGUCUCGGUGUCUUGAACACAGAGGUCAUCUAAAAACAAGGCCCCCCUGCCUCCAGCCGUUGUGCAUGGUCCAUGCGUGUCAUCUCAUGCCCCUGAAUUAACACACACUACCAUGGAACAGAAGGAGAAUCUGCUGGAGCAAGAGCUGCUACUGACAGUGGUGCUGCCUGAAGGUGUGGAGAAAACCACAAUGGUGCAUGGAAGUAAGCCCAUGAUUGACCUACUCGUAAUGCUGUGUGCAAAGUACCAUCUCAACCCAUCAGGACACACCAUUGAGCUAGUCUCCACCAAUAAGAACCACAUUAAAUUCAAGCCAAAUGCUCUUAUUGGAGCUCUGGAGGCUGAGAAGGUUCUGCUCAAACCCAAAGGUGUGGAGGACAAGAACCUGAAGACUGGACCACAAAUGCCAGAGGCUACUGUGCGUCUUGUAAUAAACUAUAAAAGGACCCAGAAGACAAUUUUGCGAGUGAACCCUAAGCUUGCUCUGCAGGAGCUUCUGCCCGCUAUCUGUGAGAAAUGUGAAUUUGAUGUGCAGAGCACCGUCCUUCUGCAGAACAUGCACUCACAGGAGCCUUUGGACCUGAACAACUCCCUCAAUGACCUCGGCCUCAGGGAGCUCUACGCCAGAGACACACGGGUUAUCAGUCUUACAGACUUCCCUUCAUCACCAACUCAUUCAGAUGUUAUUCAACCUGGCAAGGACAAACUUCAGAAAGAAAAAGAAAAUAAAGGCCUGUUUGGCAUGUUCAGAAGAGGAAGUAAGAAGAAACCUGAUCAGGCAUCAACUGUAAGUGCACCAGCAUCUCCAAUCAACAGGAAAUCAAGACCUAUGAGCAUGAGUUCUCUCAGCAUGCAUUCCUCAACGUACGACUCGAACACUAUGCCAUCUGACACACCGAAGAAGAGACGGGCCCCUCUACCCCCACACAUGAAGCCCACUGACCUCAACCAUCAACACAGCAACUCUCAAACAAGCAGUCAUCCUGAUGGCAACCAGGUCACAGCAUCUCUGAGUCGAAGUUCCUCUACCGAGUCGUCUCUGAAGAGGAGUAAGAGGAAGGCCCCACCACCCCCUGCCUCCCCCAGCAGCCUUUCAGUGACCCAUGGUGAAAAAACACAGGAUACCAUUGUAACAGGGUUGCCAACAACUCCUGAGGAGAUCCAAGAAAAUCAGGAGUCUUCUAUGGUCCCGGACGCCCCUGUUGUCCCUGUAAAUUCCAGUCCUGAGAGCUUGAGUCCUCUGCCAGAGCUUCUGGAGAAUGACAGCAGCAUCAACCUCUCUGUCGACAUCUCUCUGGACUCUCUGGACCCGACUCAGGAUUUGGAGAUGGAAAGUGUAGCUCCACCUAGGGAGAGUCCACAAGAAGUAUCAUCUGAUCUGACCACAGAUGGCAAACUAGCUGCAGACUCUGAGGUGAAAAGAAAUCAGCCAGAGGCUGAUUCCGAUGCUCGAUUACAGUCAACAAACACUGCCAGUGUUGACGAGAGGACUGAAAUGGCAUGUUUAACUGCUGAAUGUUCUACAGCAGUGAAGGAAGAGAGCACUGCACCAGUGGAUGCAGAUCAGGUUUCUAUGCACAAAGUUGCACACACCCGGCGAGCAGAGCCACAGGCUCCCCCUAAGCCCAGCUUUGUAGCAGCUGCAGUACAAACAACAUCAAACACUUCCUCCACUGCAACUAAUGCAAGUCAGACACACACUGAAAUUCAAACAGAGAUAUACAGCUCUACUGAGGCUACACCGACCCCGGAGUCAAUCAUCUGUACGUCUGUAAACUUAGGGAGCCCAAAAAGGGACAUGGCCACAUUGACAGAAGAGUUCCAAAAACAAGAAAUUCACCCAACCUCUACUCAAGACUUUGAUAUGCAGACAUCCACAUCCACUUACCUCCCUGAAAGCCCAAAAUCCACACAGACUUCCAGUCCUGAAAAUCAAAAGUCCACACAGAUUUCCUCAGCAACUAAACAUGGAAAUUUACAGUACCUUGUUGCAUCCGAGCCUAAGCCUAAGCCAUCAAAUGAACUCACCCGCGAAUACAUCCCCAAAGUAGGCAUGACCACCUACACUAUUGUGCCUCCAAGGACCUUGGACAAGCUACGCUUCUUUGAAGUAGAGCUGACGCUUGAGUCUUCCAGUGUGCCUGGAGUUCAGGAAGUGAAUGUGGAGUCUUUAAGUCAAAAAGCUACACCAACAGCAACAUCAGCAUCUCCCACCAGGUUUGAGUGUAGGCCUGACAGUGCCAAUGAUCUCUCUCCAUCCAUUUCCCCAACUGCUGAAUCUCCUUUAGACUCCUCUUAUAUCCCUCAGGCCAAGGAGAAGAAAGUUCCACCUGCAACCAGGCCCAAACCAGCUUCUUUCCGCUUACCGCAGCACAAAAGAACACCUGGAAGUUACGUCAGCUCAGCGGUGGUGCGCAGUAGGAGUUUGAGUGAGGAGAAAGAGCCUCUAGGUAGCCCACAAAGGGAGAGUGUCCAUGGGCUUUUGGAGGAGACAUUCCCCCCUCCUCCACCACCCAUCCAGUGGGAGGAGGAGACAAAGACAAGAGAGGAACAGCACAUUUCUCCACCAAUAUCUCCAGUUAAGCAGGAGAAGAUGGAGAGAUCUAGUCCAGCUUCCUCCCUGAGAGAGCCUGAAGUGUUCAGUGCAUCAGCGCAUUCGGUUUUGCCACGCCAAAUGAGUUUACCGACUGCUGGCCUGACUCUGGAAAAGCUUCAGAGUUUUGCAGCACCAAAGCCAUACUACUCAUCCACACCAUCACGCUUUGCCCAGGCUGUCAAUUCUGCAGUCAAGAGAUCUCAGUCUCUUACCCAUAAUACUGUUAGGCUGUGCGGGCACAAAGUGCCUUUGUCAAUGACUAAACGCUGUACAAUCAGAGAGACAGAUGAGUUUGUUGAAUUACCCACUUUCAUGGAUGUGGACAGUGGGCAUGGACAGAGGAAGAGCAGCAGUGACUCCUAUGGUUCUCCAGUUGAAGAGAGUGAGGGGGUGUGGAAAAGGAGAGUGCCUGAUCUCUCCUCAAAUAGUGGAUCUAAUGCUCACUGAUCUGAUUUGCAGGGAUGUUUGGUGUCGCCUGUGAUGUGUCCAGUCCCGAAGACUUUGCUUGCACAGGAACAGAGUAUUUAACCACUUCUUCAGCUUUAACCUUUAACCCACCUUAAUGAGCCUUAAUGAGCACUUUUUUAGCUCAGUGCCUUUACACCUUGUCCUCACCCCCCCAAUGCCCCUUCUCCGUCCACUGUGAGGACACUCCAGCUCAGUGCACCUAAACUAGGAACAGUACAGGAGGACAACAGCUCUGUAAAUGAGUUUUGGCUUGUUCUCAUCUUCUGUAAUGUCCCUUUUCUAAUGUGUGAUUGAAUUUCUCUCCAGGAAGUAACAUCCUCUGAGAAACACUAAAAGAACAUGCCAUUUGGUGCAGUAUAAAUAUAUCUUGUAUAACAACAAAUAGCUGCUAGAAAAGAGAUAUUCACAAUUUGUCAGUGGACACAGGGAGAGUGAUUUCUUUCAUUACAUAUUCAUUUUAAUUUUACAUUCAUAAACUCUCACUGUGCUCAGCUGUUUCUCAGAGUUAAAACUGACAUAUGCUAGCAGGGCAUUGUUGGAAUACAUUGAAAAAUUAUGGCUAGGAAUUAUUUUCAGAGACCAUGUGCUCUAGUAUUUGGGACAUUUAUAGUAUUCUAGUAAGAAUAGACUUUAGCGCUUCUCGCCAUGUGGGAUUGUUAAUCAGGGUCUUGAUAAUUAGCUGAUCAUCUGAAACAGGUGUGCUAGCACACAAAACAAAAUAAAAUGUGUCCUGUACUGCUGGAAAUGUCCAUGCACCCUCUUAACUGUACUUUUGCUCCCCUUUUCAGUUUUAUAGCAUGUCUUUGAAUAAGUGUGUAAAAUCUUACUUACUAGUAGUUAAUACAGACAGGGUUUAAAACAUUAUUAUGCAGGUAAUUCACAGCAUUUGCCAUUGCCAUUUUUCAAAGCUUGACUACACUUGUUGCAUUUAUUAUAGUCUCUAUCACAAAUGCAUUAUAUUAAAAUCCUUAUUCUCAUGUUCUGAGUGAUUCCUAUUGAUUCUGAACCUGAUAUCUGAUAUAAUGUUCAAUAAUUAUGAAUAUAUUCAGGUUUAUGGAAAAUGGGUGUGUUAUUUGUGUGUGUUUUCCUUUAACUUAUUAGAUGUAGUGUGUAGAAUACUGUGAUUAUCAGUUCAAGUGGAAAAGGUACUGGUGUUGCCCUAUACUUGUGUGCAUGUAUACUGAAUGCAUACCUUUAGUGCAGCUAAACAUUUCAGGUGGACAUUACAUAGCUGUAAAUUACAUGGAUCACAAUGAAGUAAGCAGUAUGUAAUGGCACACAUAUAAUAAUGCACUACACAUAUGAGGGUUAUGUGUAACAAACAGGUAUGAGGGCUGAGAAAAGGAAAAAAAAAAAGCUUUUUGACAAAGCUGAGCACAAAGAGAAACACACUGGUCUGCUCAUGCUUGUUUCAAAGACAGUUCUGCUGUAAUAUAUUUCCAAAUUGUGCAUUAAAGUGUAAUGCAUAAACCUUU